AUGGCGACCUACACUUUGACCUUGCUGUGCCUCUUCGCUGCUUCGGCCUUCUGUGCCAAGCUGGGAGGACCCCCGGAUUCAUCCCCAGACUUCGUCACAUUGGCAACCAACCCGAGUGCCAUAGUGAACCAGCAUAACGCCCUGAGGAGAGGAGUUCAGCCGGCUGCGAGCAACAUGUUGCAGAUGAGCUGGAACGACGAGGCUGCAGCCAACGCUCAGAGAUGGGCCAACACCUGCUCCAUGAAGCACACCGGCAGCGACCGGGUGAUCAGCACUAGCGGCUGUGGAGAGAACCUGUACAUGUCCAGCGUUCAGAACCCGUGGAGCGACGCGGUCCAGUCCUGGUACGACGAGGUGAAGGACUGGCGCUACGGAGUGGGGUCCACCAACGGAGGCGUCGUGGGACACUUCACACAGCUGGUCUGGUACCGGUCCAACAAGGUUGGCUGUGCGAUGGCUUACUGCCCCAACUCUUACUACAAGUACUUCUACGUCUGCCAGUACUGCCCACCAGGGAACCUCCAGUAUGCUCGCCCCUACGAAUCAGGAUCCUCCUGCGGUGACUGCCGCAACGCCUGCAACAACAAACUGUGCACCAACCCCUGUGCCUACACCGACCAGUACAGUAACUGUGGGCAGCUGAAGCAGCAGUGGGGCUGCUCCAACAGCAACGUGGCCUCCUGGUGUCCCGCCUCCUGCAAGUGCGGCUCUGAGAUUAAAUCAAUAUCACAUGGGGCUCUGACUCAGUCAAUUAAAUAUGCUAAUGUGUGAA